GCAGAGGUGUGGAAGCAGAGCACUGGGCAGGCUGACGGACGCACCUCCGAUCCAAGGGUUUAGGACUGCGCACAUGGUAUCCCAUCAUGCACCCUAACAUCCAUCUAUCACUCAUCUUAGCGCUGCUGCUUCUUCAAGUUCAGCGGGGCGUCUCAGUGCAGGAGAUCCACACCAGCCAUGAAACCAUCAACAAAAUCAACUCAGCAGGAGAGAUGAUGAAGUGCUCAGCAGCCAUGGAUAUCAUUUUCUUCAUGGAUGGGUCGUACAGCGUGGGGAAGGGCAGCUUUGAAAGGUCCAAACACUACGCAAUCAAACUCUGUCAAGCUCUAGACAUCAGACCAGAUAAGGUGCGAGUCGGUUUGAUUCAGUUCGGUUCCACCCCUCGGAUGGAGUUUGCAUUGGACAAAUACACGACCAAGCAGGAACUGAAGAAACACAUGAAGAAGAUUUCUUACAGAGGAGGCAGCACCCAGACCGGACUGGCUCUGAAGUAUAUCCUCAGAAAGGGUUUCCCAGGCGGCCGUAACUCCUCGGAUGUGGCCCGCAUCGCCAUUCUCCUGACAGACGGGAGGUCUCAGGGCAACGUGUUGCAGGCGGCGGAACAGCUCAAAGACACAGGGGUGGUCCUGUUUGCUGUGGGUCUGCGCUACCCCAGGUGGGAGGAGCUUCACGCUUUGGCCAGCGAACCAAUGGAGAGCCACGUCUUUUUUGCAGAGCAUUUCUAUGACGCUGUCAACGGCCUGUACACCACACUGACCACCUUCUCUGUCUGCAAUGCCACCCCCACUGGCUGUCAGCUGGAGUCGUAUCCCUGUGAGAGGAAGACAUUGGAGACAGUUAAAGAGCUGCAGGGGAAUUUCAUGUGCUGGAAAGGCUCCAAGGGGUAUUCCCCAUAUACAUCGCUUUGUCCUUUCUAUAGGUACAGCAAAGCUUAUAAAAGACACCGGACAGUUUGCCAUCGGACUAUUUGUCCAGAUCCCUGUGACUCUCAGCCCUGUCUAAAUGGUGGGACUUGUGUAUCAGAAGGACCAGAAGGCUACCACUGUGUGUGUCCACCUGGAUAUGGAGGACACCCUCACUGUGCUCCUGCAAUAUCUCUGGACUGCUCAGUGGACCUACUUUUCCUGGUGGAGGGAUCUGACGCGCUCACAUUAGAAGGCUUCCACCGACUCAAGUCCUUCUUAAAACGCUUUCUACAGACCGUGAUUGGGAACGACACCCCCACUAAGAUUGGUCUUGCGGUUUACGGCGGAGAGGCCAGAGUGGAGGCCCAGGUCGGCGCGUUCAAAGGGGACCUGAAGGGUCUGCUGAGGGCCGUGGAUGCACUUCAGCCUGUGGGCGGUGAGACCAAGACAGGCCAGGCCCUUCUCUAUGUGACUCGGCAUGGUUUCGUAAGCCCGCAGGUGUUUGCAGAUGUUUCAGAUGAUCUGCCCCGCGUGGUGGUGGUGAUCACAGCCACUCCGGCAGUCGAUGAUGUGGUCGAACCUUCGAAAUAUGCACGGGACAGAGAGAUCUUCCUGGUGGGAGUGGGACUAGACACUCUAAAGGGACAACUGAAUAACAUAACAGGGAACCCCCAACGGACUCUUACAUACUCAUCCCCUGAUCGGUUCAGUGCGAAGAUCCCUGAGCUCAAAGCCAAAAUCUGCAGCGUGGAUACCCAAGGGUGCUUAGGCCAGGCAGUGGACUUGGUAUUUGCUGUGGAUGCUUCAGGUGGUGUCGGCCGUGAGAACUUCGCCACCCUUCGAUACUUUGUCCGCAGCCUCACCGUCCAGUUUGACAUCAACCGUGACGUGGCCCAGGUGGCGCUGGUGACCUACGGCCGCAGAGCCAGCACCGUCUUCAACCUGGACACCCACGAGACGGGCUCGGCCGUCCUGGAAGCGGUGGCUGAAGCCAACUACAUGGGAGGGGUGGCCUCCACAGGAGCGGCUCUGCUCCACAUCCACUCCAACGUCCUCACCGUGGCUAAGGGAGCUCGACCCGGGGUCAACAAGGCCGUGGUGGUGCUGACGGACGGUUCCAGUGGAGACGAUGCUGUCGUACCGGCUCAGAAAAUUAGAAACAACGGAAUUUCUCUGUUUGUGAUUGGGAUCGGAGACGUUCAGCGAGAAAGGCUGCUGAACAUCGCUGGUUCAGAGGAGCACAUGAUCUCAGUUCCAUCUUAUGAGGAUCUCAAGUACUUUGAGGAUGUGCUGGUGCAGAUGGUGUGCUCAGAGGUGAAGAAGCCAGUGAACCUGUGCAAACCCAACCCUUGUAUGAAUGAUGGAGUUUGUAUCAUGUCAGGAGGAAGCUUCCGCUGUCGGUGCCAAGGAUUUGAAGGACCGCACUGUGAAACAAGAAGUGGCAGGUCUUCCACCAGAGGAGAUCAGCCAAGACCUGCUGGGCUCAGGAAGAAGAGCCGACAGAAGAAGAGCCACCAGGAACUCCUGCAUCACUACAAGCUUCACCGCAGGAGACACACAGCCUGAUGCACCACACACACACACACACACACACACACACACACACACACACACACACACACACACACACGCACACACACACACACACAGACAGAUCACACAUGGACACUUAAGAACAUUUGAUAAACAAGAGCAUAAAGGGAACAUUAAAGUUAGUUUCACUGUUUCUAUUUCUUUAUUUAAACUUGCACUCAAGCAUCAACAAGUGCCUUCACCCUGUCUGUGCAUCUACUGCUGUUUCUGUUUCGUGAAUUUGUCAGCCAUCACUGUCCUCGCUGUUGUGAAAUUAUAUUGACCAAGACAACUAUAUAUGAUAAUGUACUGUACAUCUGUGUCAUUUUAUUUUUUUUUAUGUGUAAUCACAAGUCUUUUCUUUCUGUCAUUAUCAGAGCUGUGCCAAAAAUACUCCAUACCGAGAUCUAUUUUCACAUUUUAAUAUAAUACGUAGAUUUUUUUUUUUUUUUUUGCAAUAAGAGAUUUAUAAGUUUUGUUGUAAUGGAUGGAUUUUUACACCAUUUUAAAAAGUAGAUGUGUUCAUGUUAAAAAAAAAAUAUUGUAUCUUAAAUGAAACUCCUUUCUUCAAAUUAAAGUGACAAAUGUGAAGAUCAACUGUAAAAAAACAAACAAACUUUGAAGCCACGGUUGUUGU